UGUCAGGAUAUAUGUAAUAUUUUUUUUUUCAGAAAAACUAAUAAUGAAAAAGCAUGAUAUGAAUAUGUUCUUUCUUCCAAAACAGUUGAAUACAAAAUGUUUCAGUAAUCGACUGGAUGUAUGUAAAAAUCUUUACAAAAGAGACUUAGUUGGUCAUUAUGGAUGUGUCAAUGCUGUAAACUUUUCUAACGAUGGAGAUUUACUAGUUUCGGGUGGUGAUGACCAGAGAGUGCUUUUAUGGAAUUGUAAUGAAAUAACAUAUAUGGGGGAACCUAAACCUAUCAUAAUGAAGGAAAGGCAUAUGUCAAACAUAUAUUGCACAGCGUUUGAUUGCAAUAAGCUUAAUAUUUUAUCUGCUGGAAAUGAUGAAAAAGUGUUACGACAUGAUAUUGAAAGUCGAGAAUGCACAGAUGUGUUUCCUUUUGUUGAACCAGUAUAUGCUGUUGAUCCAUCACCAGAAAGUUCAGCCAUAUUUCUCGCUGCAGGAGAAGAUGGCACAUUAAAGCUUUGUGAUGCCAGAGCAAAAAAAUCUUAUACUACAUUAGCAUUCUCUGGUGGCAGUUUUCAUGGUGUAACUUUUAAUCCUACUGAUUCAAGAUUAAUUGUUUCAGCCAAUUCUCUUUCUGGAAUAGCUCUACAAGAUGUUCGUUUUCCUAAAAGAGUCUUGUUGAAAUAUCAUUCAAAGUUCAAAAAUGCUAUGUCUGUUAAAUUUGAUUUUACUGGGACCAGGAUUUUGGGUCUUAUGCGAAGAAGUGGGCCGAUCCUGUAUAAAAUUGAUGAUAUAUCACCUAUAAUGCAAUUCAGUGAUUCUGGAUAUCAAAAUGUUUGUACUAUGAAGACAGCUUGUUUCGCUGGUCGUAAGGAAGAGUAUGUAAUAGCUGGUUCUGACAACUUUGAUGUAUUCAUUUGGAAGAUUUCCUCUAAAGAAAAUAAAGUUCAUUUAACAUUGCAUGGUCAUCGUUCAGUGGUGAACCAGGUGAGGUACAACCAGUACAAUAAUUUGAUUGUAUCAGCUGGUGUGGAAAAAGUAAUAAAGAUUUGGAGUCCAUUUAAAAAUAACUGUUGGCGGGGUGACACCACUGGUGACGAACGUUUUGUUAAAAGACGAAUGUAUACUAACCAGGAAUAUUUAAGGUUUUUAUCAGAAAGUGGUGAAAUGACUCAUAAUUAUGAUGCACAAAAAACAGAUGAAGAUCCCAAAAUGUUAGCUUUGUUUGACUCGUUGAUAAAACGAAUUAGCGAAGAUUCUUUUUCAGAUAGUGAUAACGACGAACUUCCAAGUAGCGAUGUAAAUUCAGCUAAUAACAGUGAAUCUUCAAUACUUAGCUUAAGACGGAUUUUUGGCAGUAGUUCUGAAUAGAUGUUAAAAGGUUAAUUCAGUUGGCAUGGUUUUGCUCACUUUUUUGCUUAAAUGUUCCAAGGGAAAUAUGGUUAGUAGGGAAAAAAUAAAUAAAGAAUUUUUGUGAGUGAAAGCAUGAAACCAUAAAGGGUUAACAAUAAAGGUUUCCAGUGCGUAAGAUCGUGGGUUCGACACCCGGCUGAUUAUUCUAAAUUUGUAAAUCGAUCCUUGUAAAUCAAGAUGUUAUAUUAUUACUGUUUUUGAAAGUAGAGAGUAAAAGUUGCGGUGAA